AAAAAAAGAAAAAAGCGAAGAAUGUGAUUGGUCUUCUCUUUGCCAUUGUAAAACGAGAGAAGCGUCUCUCCGCCGCAGAUACAAUUAUAUAUAUAGAGAGAGAGAGAGUAGAGAGAGUAGAGAGAGAAACAAGUUUGUAUUUGUUCUUUCGAGGUUUCUGGGUUUUGGACAGCAGAGGGAGGGAAAGGAAGGGGAGGGAAAAGUAAAAGCUUAAGCCUUUCUCUCUGUUUCUCUCUCUCUCUCUCGCUCUUCUGUUUCCUGGAAAAUCAAUUUCGUUGAAGAGUAUUGCAUCUGGACGCAUCUCCGUCUCUUCUGAUAACAUUGGCGGAACUACCAAGUCUGAGAGGUUUGCUUUUGAUGAGAGCUCACGAGAAACUGUUGCAAUCGUAGAGAUUCCAGAGAGUAACCAAGAGAUGAGGAACAGAGAUGACAAGGAUACAGAAGUUGGAAUCAUCAAUUGCAAUAAAACAGAAUCUGGACAGAUUAUUACCACUAGAAGAAAAUGUGUAAAUGAGCAAAAAGACAAGACAAUCUCCUACAGAGCGGAGAAUGUUAUUGGUACAGGUUCUUUUGGUGUUGUCUUUGAGGCAAAGUGUAUGGAGACAGGAGAACAAGUAGCUAUAAAGAAAGUGUUACAAGACAAGAGAUUCAAGAACAGGGAGCUUCAGAUUAUGAGAAUGCUUGAGCAUCCUAACGUUGUGGAGCUUAAGCAUUCUUUCUUCUCCAGAACAACCGAUAAAGUAGAAGAAGAGCUCUAUCUCAACCUUGUUUUGGAAUAUGUACCCGAGACUAUUUACCGUGCUUCCAGACAUUACACCAAGAUGAAUCUUCAUAUGCCUUUGAUUUAUGUUCAGCUUUACACUUAUCAGAUUUGCCGCGCCAUGAAUUACCUGCAUCGAGCUGUAGGAGUGUGUCACCGUGACAUCAAGCCUCAAAAUGUAUUGGUUAAUACAACUACACAUGAGCUAAAGAUUUGUGAUUUCGGAAGUGCCAAAAUGUUGGUUCCAGGAGAGCCUAACAUAUCAUAUAUAUGUUCACGGUAUUACAGAGCUCCCGAACUCAUAUUUGGAGCAACUGAAUAUACAGACGCGAUCGAUAUGUGGUCUGUAGGUUGUGUCAUGGCUGAACUUCUUCUUGGACAGCCUAUAUUCCCUGGAGAGAGCAGUGUUGAUCAAUUGGUAGAGAUCAUUAAGGUUUUGGGAACACCAACUAGAGAAGAGAUAAAGAAUAUGAAUCCUCGUUACAAUGAAUUCAAGUUCCCUCAAAUCAAAGCUCAGCCAUGGCACAAGAUAUUCCGUAGAGAGGUGACUGCAGAGGCCAUGGAUCUUGCCUCAAGGCUCCUCCAGUAUUCACCAAAUCUAAGAUGCACAGCGCUUGAAGCAUGUGCGCAUCCGUUCUUCGAUGAUCUUAGAGACCCAAGAGCAUGUUUGCCAAACGGAAGAGCAUUGCCUCGGUUGUUUGAUUUCACAGCUCAAGAACUGUGUGGUGCAUCAGUUGAAUUGCGCCAUCGCUUGAUCCCGGAGCACGCAAGGAAAUCAGUAGGUUCGUUUUAAAAUUUAGGAACAACAAGAAAGUUUUGGAUACUCUGAAGCAAAUCACACAGGGAUUCAUGAGAUGGAAAACAAAACAAGUAGUCUGCUUUCAAAGUUUGGAUCCGGAGUUGUAGUUUAUGUGAUUGUUUUAUUCAAGGAGCCGAAAAUUUUGUUGUUUGUCUGAUUUCGUCUUCUGUGUAUAGCAAUUUUUUUUUAAUGGCUGGCUAUAAACCCAUCACUGAACUCUCUGAAACCAUGUAUAAUUUUUGACAAUCAGGUUCUUUUGUUACCCAUGGAAAUGCAAAAGUUUAUGAUUUUUUUUGUUAAGUGAUGAAAAAAGCAGCUGAAAUAUCUCAGAAUGAUAAA